CUGGGGCGGGCGGAGCCAGUGGCCGGGUGGCGCGCGCUGCGGCUGUGGGCUUGGGCACCGCGCGGGCCAUGGCGUCCCCAGCGUCCUCGGCGCCCGGCGGGGUGGCAGUGGUCGGCAGUGGCCUCAUCGGGCGAAGCUGGGCAAUGCUGUUCGCCAGCGCAGGCUUCAAGGUGAAACUGUACGACGUUGAGCAACGGCAGGUGACGUGUGCCCUGGACAGCAUCAGAAAAGAGAUGAAGCUGCUGGAACGGUCGGGCUUCCUGAAAGGCUCGCGCGGCGCCAAGGAGCAGCUGUCACUCAUCAGCAGUUGUUCCGACCUCCGGGAGGCGGUAGAGGGCGCCCUGCACGUCCAGGAAUGUGUUCCGGAAAACCUAGAGCUGAAGAAGCAGCUUUUUGCUCAGCUGGAUGGAAUCGUCGGUGACCAAGUUGUGCUGAGCAGCUCCAGCUCCUGCCUCCUGCCCUCCAGGCUGUUCUCGGGCUUGGCACACGUGAAGCAGUGCCUUGUGGCGCAUCCUGUAAAUCCACCCUACUACGUCCCGUUGGUGGAGCUGGUCCCACACCCGGAGACGGCCCCUGCGACGGUGGACAGAACCUACGCCCUGAUGCGGAAGAUCGGACAGUCCCCGGUCAGACUCACGAAGGAGGUGGACGGCUUCGCUCUGAAUCGUCUCCAGUACGCCGUCAUCGGCGAGGCCUGGAGGCUCGUGGAGGAAGGAGUAGUGUCCCCGGGCGACCUUGACCUCGUCAUGUCGGACGGCCUGGGCAUGCGGUACGCGUUCAUUGGGCCCCUGGAAACCAUGCACCUCAACGCCGAAGGUAUGUUAAGCUACUGCGACAGGUACAGCGAGGGCAUGAGACGUGUCCUAAAGACCUUUGGGCCCAUUCCAGAAUUUUCCGGGGCCGCAGCUGAAAAAGUGCACCAGGCCAUGUGCGCGAAGGUUCCAGAUGGCCCAGAGCACUUAGCUGCCAGGAGGGAGUGGAGGGACAGGUGCCUCAUGAGACUUGCCAGACUGAAGAGCCAGCUGCAGCCCCAGUGAAGCCUCGUGCGACCACCGCCGCCCGUGCCGGAGCCCGUUCGCUGCGAGCACGAGCCCCCGUCAGGCGGCUCAGGGGCGCUGGGAGGCCUUGGGAGCCCAGCAGGCCGAGCCCGACUUGUUCUCCACUAGGCAGGAGCCCCGGUGGACGCGGCGGUGCCCCAGGCUGGGGGUCAGAGCAGCACUGAGGUCUGCGGGCUGCAUCCCCUGCCACCAGGGCAGGCAAGAGAGCACAUCGUCUGAAGAUUUUACCAUUUAUUUCCCAUGUGAUUUACACGUGGAUACAUUUCAUAGCCCGUGAUCGCGGUUUCACGUUCUUUUAAUCCGC